AUGGAGAACAAUUUGAGUCGCAGUGGUAGUCGGUCAAGCUCAGUAUGCGAACUCGAAAAGGAUAUCAGUGAUAUGGAAAUAAUCAAAUCUAGGACGAAUCGACGGAGUGUAUUUGUUCGAACACAACCAGCACGAAAAGCAAAAAGGAUAAGAUUUUUUCGAAAUGGUGACAAAUUCUAUUCUGGAGUAAUAAUACCAGUCUUGCCAGAAAGAUAUAGAUCUUUCGAUAGUUUGACAGCAGACCUAACUAGAGUUUUAGUUGACAACGUCACUUUACCCAGUGGAGUUAGAACUAUAUAUUCACUAGAAGGUAGAAAAAUAGGAAAACUUGAUGACCUGGAAGAUGGUCAGUCAUAUGUCUGCAGUGGAUUUGGAGAACCUUUCAAACGGUUAGAUUAUGAAGCAAGUGCAGUGACCCCACAAUCAUUUAGAUUAAGUGGACCUGAGUCUCUUAGUGACAGUGCCAGUCCAUCCCCAGCACGAGCAAAUAAUCGAUUAUCUAAAUACCUGCAGACAAAUGGGAGCACCACAACUGGAAAUGGAUCUCCGAGAGUUAGUCCUCCUGGUGAUAAUGUUGUUCGGCCACGAAUUGUUACAAUUAUUAGGAAUGGUGUUAAACCCCGCAAGGUAUGCAGAUUGCUAUUGAAUAAACGCAAUAGUCCAACUCUGGAGCAUGCCUUAGCAGCAAUUACUGAAUGCAUCAAACUUGACACAGGCUGUGUGAGAAAAGUGUUCACACAGUCUGGAACCUCUGUCACUGCACUGCAUCAGUUCUUUGACGAAGAUGAUGUAUUCUUUGCAUAUGGAAAUGAAAGAGUUAAUCAAGAAGAUUUCGAAUUGGAAUUUGAAGAGAGCAAAGCUGUUUUACAAUGUCGAAAGACUCCGAUCACGAGAAAUUCGAGAUCGGGGCCAAAGCCCCGAAUGCCAGUUAAGGCAAGCGGUGCGGCGCGUAAAGAGAAUGAAACGACGGGUGGAUCUGGUGACAGCGAGCAAACUCAACUCGCCAACUUACUCCCACAGCCUCUACGCCUUAAGUACAAUGUUGGAAAGAUUAUAGGUGACGGCAACUUUGCAGUUGUAAGAAUAUGUACAGAUAAAACGACUGGCAAAGAUUAUGCCCUCAAAGUCAUUGAUAAGGCUAAGUGCAAAGGAAAAGAACAUUAUGUAGAGGCAGAGGUACGAGUCAUGAGAAAGCUGUGCCAUCCUCGCAUCGUAUCUCUUAUUGAGGAGCAAGACAGCCCCGAAUGGCUAUUUCUUAUUAUGGAGUUAGUUAGUGGUGGAGACCUCUUCGAUAGUAUAGCGGCUGCCUCCAAAUUUUCCGAACCUCAGUCGCGUUUACUAAUCGGUCAUCUAACAUCCGCUAUCGCAUAUCUGCAUUCGCUUUCCAUUGUGCAUCGAGACAUCAAACCCGAGAAUCUCUUGGUGGAAGUAGGUCCAGAUGGCAGUGUUCGAGGCCUGAAGCUGGCUGACUUCGGUCUAGCAGUGGAGGUGUGGCAUCCACUGCAAGCUGUCUGCGGGACGCCUACUUACGUCGCGCCGGAGAUCUUACUAGAAACUGGUUAUGGACUUAAGAUCGACGUGUGGGCAGCGGGUGUAAUCCUAUACAUAUUGUUAUGCGGUUUUCCACCAUUCUCGUCCCCGGAUGGCGACCAAGAAAAGCUUUUCGAUGCUAUACUAUCCGCUCGCCUCGAGUUCCCUGCACCUCAUUGGGAGAGGGUUUCCGCUGGGGCCAUUGACCUCGUCGCGAAUAUGUUGCGGCCUCAACCUGAAUUGCGCUUUGCCGCUGAAGAUGUGCUAGAUCAUGCUUGGAUGUCGGAGGACUACGACGAAAUGUGUGGUCUCCACACUUGGUACGAUGAAGACUCCUCAUAG